AUGGUUUUAAUGAAUUUUAUGCCUAUUUUUACAGCUGUUCCUACUCUUGAAUUAAAACCACAACUUGGUGUUUAUUUAUUUGGGGAUAAGGUAGAUCUCAAUUGCUGCAACACUGAUCUUACUAUAAAUCAAGAAUUCAGGUUUUACAAGAAUGGUUCAGAGAUUAAUUCAUCUCCAGUCUCUGAAGACAGAUGUGCAACAUAUAAACUGGAUUCCAUAACAAUCGAAGAUGUUGCAUCAUAUCAGUGUAGAUACUGGACAGAAUCUAAUGGGACAAAUAUAGAAUCUGAUAUAAGUGAGGCUGUCAACUUGUCCAUCACAGAGCAUCCGGCUUCUCCUAUCAUCACCCUUCACCCUUCAUAUCCCAUUUACAUUACUGGGGAAUCUGUCACACUGAUGUGUACCCCAGCUGAUGUUUCUAAAUUUAGAAGGAUUCAGUAUUAUAGGGAAGGAAAACCCUUUCUCACAGAAGAUCUACUAAACACAGUUUCUGCAAAUGUAACAUUUAUAUCUGCCCACGAUGCUGCUGGAAAUUAUUCCUGUGUAUACUGGGAAGAAACACAUGGAAGACUUAUCAGUUCAUCAAUAAGCAAUGUAGUUGCCAUUCAUGUAACAGAUUGUCCAUCACCUCCUUUCAUCUCUCUGAGCCCCCCUGAUUCUGUUUAUGUUGGAGGGGAGGUGAUAACGUUUUCAUGUUCAAUUCCUGGUGAGUUUGCAGUGAAAAGAACCCAGUUUUACAUGGAGGGGGAAGAAAUACAUAGAGAGGACACAAGUGAUACAAAUGUGUCAUUUGAUGUGACUACAACAUCCAGGGAAAAAUCUGUGAAUUAUUCCUGUAGCUACUGGAUAAAUUAUGCUGGGAGAGAUAUACAAUCCCACCAAAGCUCCAACAUUACUGUCACUGUCAUUGAUUGUCCAUCACCUCCUUUCAUCUCUCUGAGCCCCCCUGAUUCUGUUUAUGUUGGAGGGGAGGUGAUAACGUUUUCAUGUUCAAUUCCUGGUGAGUUUGCAGUGAAAAGAACCCAGUUUUACAUGGAGGGGGAAGAAAUAUAUAGAAAGGACACAAGUGAUACAAAUGUGUCAUUUGAUGUGACUACAACAUCCAGGGAAAAAUCUGUGAAUUAUUCCUGUAGCUACUGGAUAAAUUAUGUUGGGAGAGAUAUACAAUCCCACCAAAGCUCCAACAUUACUGUCACUGUCAUUGAUUGUCCAUCACCUCCUUUCAUCUCUCUGAGCCCCCCUGAUUCUGUUUAUGUUGGAGGGGAGGUGAUAACGUUUUCAUGUUCAAUUCCUGGUGAGUUUGCAGUGAAAAGAAUCCAGUUUUACAUGGAGGGGGAAGAAAUAUAUAGAAAGGACACAAGUGAUACAAAUGUCUCAUUUGAUGUGACUACAACAUCCAGGGAAACAUCUGUGAAUUAUUCCUGUAUCUACUGGAUAAAUAAUGCUGGGAGAGAUAUACAAUCCCACCAAAGCUCCAACAUUACUGUCACUGUCAUUGUUCCUCCAGCUCCUCCUUCCAUCUCACUGAGUCCCUCACACCCUGUUUACAUCAGAAGGGAGACUAUCAAUUUGAUGUGUUCUAUUCCUGGUAUCAUUGCAUUGAAAAGCAUUCAGUAUUACAGGAAUGGAAAGGAAAUAUACAAAGUGGACACACACAAGACAAAGAUGUUCACAAUAUCUACUUCAGACCAAAAAUCAUUUGCAAAUUAUUCCUGUGGAUACUCAAUAAACAUGUAUGGUAGAAAUAUACAAUCCCAUCAUAGCUCAUAUGUUACAGUUACUGUCAUUGACAUUCCACCUGCUCCUUCCAUUUCCAUAAAUCCCUCUUACCUUGUUUACAUCAGAGGAGAAAAUAUUAGCGUGACAUGUUUUGUGCCAGAGGAAUCUACAGUAAUUAUCAAUAUUUUUCUUUCAGACCCACUUCCUGGACCUUACCUUGAGGAACAAAGUGGUUUUCCCAUCUAUCUUGUGGGCGACAACCUUAAGCUUGUAUGCUCCGCAUUGCCUCAUUAUUCUGUCACUCAUUUCCAAAUCUAUUUUGAAGAGGAAGAAAUAGUGUCUAUAAAUGUUGAUGCGCAGACCUCUCUGUCUCAUGGUGUCUACAGCAUUAGCAAAAAAUCUGUUGGCAAUUAUAGCUGCCAAUACCAAGCCGAUGUUUUGGGCAGAAAUAUUCUUUCAGUAAAAAGCAAAAAUUUGGUGAUCACCUUGACUGGUAAGGCUUUGAGAAUUAACAACUACACAAUUCUGUCUAAUGUAUCAUUACAAUUGGCAGAUUUUACUCUCAUUGCAGCUGAAUAA